AUUAAAUAAAAAGAGAGAUAGAGAAAGAGUGAGAGAACUUUCUCUGCAAAUGUGUACGCGUGUGACUGCUUUGGGUGGGUAAAACUACAAACUGAAAGUGCUUGGUGGCAUUAAUAUGGAUAGCGUGCCACCACCAUACCAUCAUCAUCAUCUUCAGAAUCAGAAUCAGCAUCUGCACCAGCAUCAAUCAGCAGCAUCAACGGCAGCUUUAUAGCAACGGAUCCACGUAUCACCUGGCCAUCACAGGAGCGCUAGCAGGCCACAAAGAUGCCACCCCUGCAACGUGAACAAUUGAUCAACCAAAAAAUUGUGCAUUGUCGUAUCAGCUUUGCUUUAAGCAAUAUAAUCAACAACCGAUCGGAGCCAGCCGGGCUCAGAUCAUCCACCAGCUCAACCUCCACCUCAACUUCGAGCACGAAAGCUCGAACCAAGGACCGUUUGAAGAGGGGAAACGAGGGUCAUAUUCAUUCGAGUGAAAAGCCAGACGUCGCCUCCUCCUCGCGGUUGUCGUCGUCGUCAACAUUUUUUGCAUCCUCUGCCGCCUUGGUUCACCCGACAUGCCAGGCGGAGGAAAGACAGCAGACAUCAGCAGGAUCACACAAUUCAGUUCUAAGAGGGAAUGACGCGGGCAUUUCUUUUGCAGCGUUGGACUUUCGUUUUAUAAGGUAAGUGCUUGGUGCUUGGUGCAUGGUGGCCGGGUGGCAUGGUGCCAUGGGUCACGUCACAGUGCCACGAGGUGAGAAUUGAUACGGGUACUAGAUUUAUGGUUAGGUGUAACCCACUCCACAGGUGUACGGGGCGUGUGGUGUGGUGUGGGGGGGGGGGGGUGCGUGCCUCGCGCCAAGUUCGAGUCGCUUCUGGGGU